AUGGGAGUCGAGCGAGGGGAGAUAUUAUGUACGGGUGCGCGAGAACUAGCCGAUGGUUAUCCGAUACUUGAAGAUCUACAAUUUGUUGGUGACUCCAGUGUGAGUGAUGAUGUCAUGCUUCCACGGAUUCAACCACGUCACGACAUCGUCUACUUACCGUUUUCAAGCGGAAUCCAUGGCAAACGCAAAGGAAUUCUCACGACUCAUUACAUAAUGAACGCCAAAACAAUGAUCUCUUUCAACUCCAAUUCUUACAUUCAUCCCGAACGGGGCGAAUAUACCGUGGCGAUGUUGCCGUUUCACCGUCAGCUCGGACUUGAAGCAAUCUUCAUCUCAUUGCUGGCUGGAGCUACAGUAGUCACUGUGUCCAACUUCUGUGUACAUACACUUAUGACCUGUAUAGAUAGAUUCAAG